AAGAAAUUAUUUCAAGGUACGAGCAAAAGACAAUAAGGUCGUUGACGUAGAAGGCAAAUGAAAUCGAGAGAUUCCAUUCCGUAGAACGAUCCACUGAGUUCGUUCGAUUCCGCCAUGGAUGAACCUCGGAAGCACCAGGGGUCGCUAAGAGGAGCGAGCGCGAAGGAGAUUACGAGGGGCGCUCUUCUUCAGAAGGUGUCGCAGGAGAGAGAGCUUCGCCAUUAUGCCAAACGAGCUUCCGCGGCUGCCAUUUUCAUGCAGAGAGUUUGGAGACGCUACAAAGUUACAGUAACAGUGGCUUUGCAGCUGCAAGAAGAAUGGGAGAAGAACUUUGCCAAUUAUCGUGUUGGUUCCUUGACAGGAACCCAGAUUUCCAGCACUGUCUUGAGGCCUUUUCUUUUCUUUACGACAUGCUUAGCAACUCGGCAUAAGAGGCUUCAAACCAGAGAUCUAAAUUGUAUGGGGAGAUGCUUUAAGAUCCUCUUGGAAAGCGUGAACUCCACUGAUCAAAGAAAGAACUUUUGCUUUAUGGCAAUGGGUACACCUGAAGAGAGAAAAAUCUGGAAUUAUCAGUCACGGAAGCUGAUUUCUCUCUGCCUUUUCAUUCUUGCCGAGUUCAAUCAAUUAUGUGCAGGGGAUCAAGAAUUUGUUGCAGUUACCACCUUAGCAAUGCGUCUUGCCGUUCUUUUAACUGAUUCGAAAGGGUGGAAGAACAUUGCUGACAGUGAUGGUCAGGAUGUGGAUAUAGUGGCCAAAGAUUUAGUUCAGUUUAUGGGUCUUGGUGAAAGUGGUCUUUAUAUAUCUGUUAGAAGAUACAUCAACAUUUUGGAUGUUCCUCUGUCUUCUCAAGUAGAAAAUGUGGUCCAAAAAGAUGACAAGUUUUUGAUUACUGCCAGUGCAAUAACCUUAGCUCUUCGACCAUUGCAAGUGACAAGUCUUAACGUAGAUGGCCCUGGUCUAUUGGAUGUGCAUUAUGCUGCUGAGAAGUACUGUGCAUCCUUACUUACGAUUCCCUGGCUGGUGCAACGAUUGCCCACCGUUCUUGUACGCGCUAUGAAGCACAAGUCUACUCUAACACCCUGCUUACAGACUCUACUGAUUUUGAAGGAGAGAAUAUUAAAUGAGAUGUGGGAGAUAGAUCAGUUAAAAGUUCCUUUUUCUCCCAAGGUGAUACCACCAGUAGGCUGGGCUCUUGCGAACGUUAUAUGCCUUGCAACUGGAGGUGAGAAUGGAACUUUGGAUUCUGGAUGGCUAGACCAAGGUUUGGACUAUGUGCUGUACGUCCAUGUUAUUAUCAUUCUUGCAGAAGAUCUACUGGCUAGACUUGAGAGUGUUGGACAUCUAAAGGAGAACAAGGAAAGCCAAAGUGAUGAUACAAAAUUAGUUAACGAUCUAACUUUUGGCGAGAGUGAGGCAACCCAUGGUUCCUUUGUUACGUCAUACAUGGAUCUCUUUAAGCCUGUUUGUCAGCAGCGAUAUCUCACAGAUCUUUUGGCAAUUAUGGAGAAAGAUGAUCAUAUUCAUGGGACUGAGACUUUGUCACAAUACGAAUUGAAGAACCAUGGGAAGUUGGAGUUUAUUGAUAUUGCAUAUUUUUAUUCUUACCUUCUUAGAAUAGUUUCGUUCUUGCAUCCAACAGUUGGACCGUUGGCUGUUCUUAACAUGCUAUCCUUUACUCCUGGAUUUCUUGUCAACCUAUGGGGAGCACUGGAAAGUUCUCUUUUUUCUGGAGAUGGUGCAACAGCUGAAAAUCUUCACCUUUCACCAAGUAAAACUUCAAGGAAUAAAAAAGAUGGGCUUUUUGAGAAAAAGGGGAAACAUGGUAAUAAGGAUGAAUCUAAGUGGGUGAGUGUACUAAAUAAAUUUACUGGCAAAUCACAGUCAGGAUCUGAGAGUACCAAUUUGGUUGCUGAGCAAUCAAGCCCUAGCCAAACUAACAAGGGUUCUCGUGAUGAUUGGGAUAUAGAGCUUCUGAGACAUGGUGCAGAGGGUAUUUCAAAAGAUUUGUCAUGUCUGCUUCAUCUUUUCUGUGCUGCCUAUUCACAUUUGUUGCUGAUACUAGAUGACAUAGAGUUCUAUGAAAAGCAGGUUCCAUUCAGGAUAGAGCAACAACGCAGAAUUGCAUCUGUGCUUAAUACAUUCGUUUAUAAUGGCUUGUCCAAUAGUGUUGGGGAACGGAGUAGACCCCUUAUGGAUUCUGCUAUCAGAUGCUUGCAUUUAAUGUAUGAAAGAGACUGCAGGCACCAAUUUUGCCCCCCAGUUUUGUGGCUUUCCCCUGGUAGAAAGAGCCGUCCACCAAUUGCUGUAGCUGCCAGAACUCACGAAGUUUUGUUAGCUAAUGCAAGAAUAGAUGAUGCUUCAGCUCUUCCCAGCAUGGGUUCUGUCAUAACUACUGUUCCCCACGUGUUUCCAUUUGAAGAAAGAGUUGAGAUGUUUAUUGAGUUUAUUGAGAUGGAUAAAGCAUCCCGUAAAAUGGCUGGUGAAGUUGAUGGACCUGCUUCCCGAUCAGUUGGAAUAGUAGUUCGUCGGGGUCAUAUAGUUGAAGAUGGUUUUCGACAAUUAAACUCCCUAGGGCCAAAACUGAAAUCAUCCAUCCAUGUUUCAUUUGUUAGCGAAUCUGGCCUUCCAGAGGCUGGCCUAGAUUAUGGUGGACUAUCGAAAGAGUUUUUAACUGAUAUAUCAAAAGCAGCAUUUUCCCCUGAAUAUGGGUUAUUUAUCCAAACGUCAGCCUCAGACAGACUUUUGAUCCCUAAUGCAUCUGCAAAAUAUCUUGAGAAUGGUAUCCAGAUGAUUGAAUUCCUUGGGAGAGUUGUUGGUAAAGCUCUAUAUGAAGGAAUUUUGCUAGAUUACUCUUUUUCUCACGUGUUUGUGCAAAAGCUGCUUGGCCGUUAUAGUUUCCUUGAUGAACUAUCGACCCUUGAUCCAGAGCUUUACAGGAAUCUCAUGUAUGUUAAGCACUAUGAUGGGGAUAUCAAGGAACUCUCUCUGGAUUUCACAGUGACUGAGGAAUCUUUUGGUAAGCGGCAUGUUAUUGAGCUUAAACCUGGUGGCAAGGAUAUUUCUGUGACAAACGAGAACAAGAUGCAAUACCUUCAUGCAAUGGCACACUAUAAAUUAAAUCGACAGAUACUGCCCUUUUCCAAUGCUUUCUACAGAGGGUUAACAGAUCUCAUAUCACCAUCUUGGCUGAAAUUGUUUAAUGCACGUGAAUUCAAUCAGUUGCUUUCCGGUGGAGACCAUGACAUUGACAUUGAUGAUUUAAGAAGAAACACCCGUUACACAGGUGGUUACACUGAGGGAAGCCGGACAGUAAAAAUAUUUUGGGAGGUAAUUAAAGGGUUUCAACCAAAAGAACGUUGUAUGCUUCUUAAAUUCGUGACCAGUUGUUCCCGGCCUCCCUUACUUGGAUUCAAGCACUUGCAGCCCACCUUUACGAUCCAUAAGGUUGCCUGCAGUGUCCCUCUUUGGGCGACAAUUGGGGGACAGGAUGUGGAACGACUUCCGUCAGCCUCAACCUGUUACAAUACCCUCAAGCUUCCAACGUACAAACGACCGAGCACUUUGAGGGAAAAACUUCUAUAUGCAAUCAGUUCAAAUGCGGGAUUUGAGCUUUCUUAGAGAAGGUGCAUUACCAUUAUCACUGGGCUUUCUGAUCAUCUCCAAGAGAGGAUGAUAAAUAUCAAAGACAACAAGCU